UAGAACUGGAAGCAGAGUUCCCGCGCAUCUUAAAGUUGGAGACGGAGACAGACAUUUUGAAUCGUCGUCCUCAUCGCGCAGUCAGUCAUAUCGAGAUUGAAUCAUUGAAGGUGCUGUUUGGCUGAUUACUUAAUUAGCUUAAUCAACAAUCGAUUCAAUGGAGAACGCAGAAAGUGAAUCUACAAGGAAACGCAUGAAACCAGAUGAAGGAGAAGGAGUGAUGAUAGAAUCAGAGAUGGAUCAGAAGGAAGAAUUUGAGGGAAUAGUUGCUGGAUCUGAGGAGGUGGAGCUCGCAAUCGCUCACAUCCUCGAGAAGAUUGAACGCUUCACUCAGCUGGUAUCUGAGAGUCUGGAAUCAGGGAAGACGAUGUUUCAGAAGAUUAGCGAUGAGUUUGAAGAGCGAAUGAUUAUGGUGCACAAGGAACAAAUUGAGAAAUGGCAGGAAGAGAUCCGAGAGUUGCGUAUGCUUGAUGCUUCAAACGAGGACGCCAAUGUUGUUCUGCAUAAUGCCCGACAUGUAUUUCAAAAUGCUAACCUUGAUUCCUGAAGGUUUCCCAAGACCGUAGCAGAUGACCACGGAUAUUCAUUCUGCUAGUUGGAUGGAGGGGACUGUCUCCGUUGAUGUAGGUAAAGUUACAAGCUAAAGCCACAAUUUUAAGCUUCUGCAGUUUGAGUUGUUUGCUGCCUGAAUCUGUUAGUAGCUGUUGGCAUUACAUGAGAUUUACAGUUGGCAUAUAUUUGUAGUUUGGACAUUUCUAUUGGUUUAAAAAUCGAUCUGUUCCCUUGAAUUUCUCAUAAGAUUGCGUAUUCAUGAUCAAUUUUAACAUCGUGAAUGAUUCAUUUA